AUGUCUAUUAAGGUUAUUGUUGUUGGUGGUGGAUUAUCUGGCUUGAGUGCGGCGCACACUAUUUACCUUGCGGGUGGAAAUGUAGUUGUCCUAGACAAACAGAGCUUUUUUGGAGGAAACUCGACAAAGGCGACGUCGGGUAUAAAUGCCGCUCUUACACGGACUCAAGUGGAUUCUAGUAUUCGUGAUAGCGUCAAGCAGUUCUACAACGAUACAUUAAAGUCGGCUAGAGAUCAGGCAAGACCCGAUUUGAUACGAGUGCUCACAUACAAAUCGGCAGCAGCGGUAGAGUGGCUCCAAGAUGUUUUUAACCUGGACCUAUCGUUGGUCUCACGCUUAGGCGGGCACUCGCAACCACGAACCCAUCGAGGACAUGACGCCAAGUUCCCAGGAAUGGCCAUUACCUAUGCACUAAUGCAGCGACUAGAAGAGCUAGCGGAAUCACAACCAGAACGAGUUCAGAUUAUCAAGAAAGCAAAAGUCAGUGCACUAAACAAAGAUGGGAACAAAGUCAAGGGCGUAACGUAUGAAGUUGGCGGAAAAACCUUUUCCAUCGACGGUCCUGUAGUACUAGCAACGGGGGGCUAUGCAGCAGACUUCACCGAGACUUCGCUUCUCAAAAAGUACCGACCAGACACAUACAACCUUUCCACUACCAACGGCGUUCACGCAACUGGUGACGGUCAGAAGAUGGUGAUGGCUAUUGGUGGAAACGGAAUUGACAUGGAUAAAGUCCAAGUCCAUCCCACCGGUCUCGUUGAUCCUAAAGAUCCUACAUCGAAAUGGAAGUUCUUAGCGGCAGAAGCUCUCCGAGGUGAGGGUGGCCUUCUCUUAAAUGCCAAUGGUGAUCGGUUUUGUGAUGAACUCGGUCAUCGGGACUAUGUGUCUGGUGAGAUGUGGAAAGAAAAAGAAAAAGGUCGUUUUCCCAUCCGCUUGAUCUUGAAUUCAAAGGCAUCCAAUGUAUUGGAUUUUCACACUCGACACUAUGCUGGACGCGGUCUCAUGAAAAAAAUGACUGGGGAACAACUAGCUCUAGAAAUUGGCUGUACUUCCGAACAUCUUCAGUCAACCUUCAACGAGUACAACAAUAUCUCAGAAGGUAAGAAACAGGAUCCUUAUGGAAAAAAGUUUUUUCACAACACUCCCCUACAAGUUGAUGAUGAAUUCCAUGUCGCCAUAAUGGAGCCUGUGUUGCAUUUUACCAUGGGUGGGAUAGAAAUAAAUGAUCAAGCCCAGAUUAUGAAUGCAGAGGGGAAAGCUUUUGAGGGUCUAUAUGCCUGCGGAGAGCUUGCUGGGGGUGUACAUGGGGCCAACCGUCUUGGGGGGUCUUCUCUUCUUGGCUGCGUUGUUUAUGGCCGUGUAGCGGGAGAGUCAGCUUCCAAUUACCUUUUUCAGCAAGCGCUUCAAGGUAAUUCGAGUGCCUCUUCUCGAUUGGCUCAAAUAUCGCUUCACAUCGAUCCAAGUCAGGCCGGAAAGGUUGUUGUGGAAUGGAACACCAAUAGCAAGAUACCAGUUUUGCACGGCCAACGAACAGAAUCAUCUACUUCACCCCCUGAAGCCCUCCAGAACGUGAAUCACACUGAUGCUCUCGCAAGCCAGUCAGCAAAGCCGCAAAAGUUUGAGAUUCCUCAAACUGAAUACAGUAUGGAAGAAGUCGCAAAGCACAACACUGAAAGCGACCUAUGGGUCGUAGUAAAGGGUGUUGUGUUAGAUUUAGGCAAUUGGUUGGAUGAACACCCUGGUGGCCCACAGGCAAUUAUGAAUUUCAGGGGAAGAGAUGCCACUGAAGAAUUUGAAAUGUUACAUGACGACGAGGCAAGUCAUAAGAAAGUAUGCACCUGCGCAAGUCAUAGGACGAGUAAAGGGAAAGGAAGUGACGUUAGGCAUAUGAAUAUUGGGUAG